UGAACAUUAGCCUAUUGCACGAAGAGUUGGACCUUCAGAGCAAAAAUUCUCCUCUUCCAUCGGAUAGGGUUUCCGCCUCCAUUGUCAUCGCUGUCAAUCCUAGCUCCGAAAAAUAGAAGCACUGGGAUGGGGAAAGACGAAGAGGAAAUGAGGGGAGAGAUUGAAGAACGUCUGGUCAAUGAAGAGUAUAAGAUCUGGAAGAAGAACACUCCCUUCCUCUAUGAUCUUGUCAUUACCCAUGCUCUUGAAUGGCCGUCCCUUACAGUUGAAUGGCUUCCUGACCGUGAGGAGCCUCCUGACAAGGACUUCUCGGUCCAGAAGAUGAUUCUCGGUACUCACACCUCUGAGAAUGAACCCAAUUAUUUGAUGCUUGCCCAGGUCCAGCUUCCCCUUGACGACACCGAGAGCGAAGCCCGCCAAUACGAUGAUGAACAUUCCGAGUUUGGUGGCUUUGGCUGUACCACCGGCAAGGUGCAAAUUAUUCAGCAAAUUAAUCACGAAGGUGAAGUCAAUCGUGCUCGUUACAUGCCCCAGAAUCCUUUUAUCAUCGCCACCAAGACAGUGAAUGCCGAAGUCUAUGUUUUUGACUAUAGCAAACACCCAUCUAAGCCUCCUUUGGAUGGAGCCUGCAAUCCAGAUUUGAGACUGAGGGGUCACAGCUCUGAGGGCUAUGGCCUGUCCUGGAGUAAGUUCAAGCAAGGACACUUGCUCAGCGGCUCUGAUGACACUCAAAUUUGUGUGUGGGAUAUUAAUGCUACUCCCAAAAACAAGGCUCUUGAUGCUCUUCAGAUAUUUAAGGCUCAUGAAGGUGUUGUUGAAGAUGUUGCAUGGCAUCUCAGACAUGAGUACUUAUUUGGAUCCGUCGGAGAUGAUCAAUACCUUCUUAUAUGGGAUUUGCGGGCUCCAUCUCCGAGUAAGCCUGUGCAAUCAGUGGUGGCUCACUCAAUGGAGGUUAACUGCUUAGCCUUCAAUCCUUUUAAUGAAUGGGUUGUGGCAACCGGGUCAACUGACAAGACUGUUAAAUUAUUCGACCUACGAAAGCUCGGCAAUGCUCUUCACACAUUUGAUAGUCACAAAGAGGAGGUCUUCCAAGUCGGAUGGAACCCAAAGAACGAGACCAUCUUAGCCUCGUGUUGCCUUGGUAGAAGGCUAAUGGUUUGGGACCUCAGCAGGAUUGACGAGGAGCAGACACCAGAAGAUGCGGAAGACGGUCCGCCAGAGCUGCUGUUUAUUCACGGUGGCCAUACGAGCAAAAUCUCGGAUUUCUCGUGGAACCCUUGUGAGGAUUGGGUUAUUGCAAGUGUAGCAGAGGACAACAUCCUCCAAAUAUGGCAGAUGGCUGAGAAUAUUUAUCAUGAUGAAGACGAUGCCCCCGGAGAAGACCCUACUAAAGCAACCUGAACUGAAGAGAUCAGUUAACAAUGACUUAAGAGACGGAACUGGUUCGUAAUUUCUCUGACUUCACUGCAAAAUCUCUUCUGUCUUCUUAGUGUAAAUCCUUAACCCAUGCCAAACUUUUUUUUUUUAAAGUAUUUGUAGCUUGGGAGUGGUGCUUGAGUAGGUUUAGUAGUGCACAUUUCCUUACCCUUGUUCUUUGAACUUAGAAACUCUUAUGUUUUGGUGUUUCCACAUUUGUUGUUGUCGUCUUGCACUUGCUAAUUGCUAUGUUAAUUCUAGUAUUUAUUUA